UCUCCGCGGCGUCAGUUCGUGUUCCGAGGAAGCAGCGGCGUUUCCCUCGGCGCUAAAGAUGUAGAUGAACAACCCGCUCCGGCUAUGUGCAACACACAUCAGCUCAACGUGAGAUAGGCGAGCGGAAAGAGCCUCCUGGAGGAAAAGAAGAUGUCUCUGUGGCGCAUCUCCAUCGCCAUAACGCUCGGCUUGCUGUGGUAUUUUGCAGACUGCAGCCACACACUGACACAGUACUUUAUAUGUUUACUCUUUUGUUUUUCUACCCCACUGCUAUUCGUUACCGGUGGACGAGAGAGCAGCACUCAAACUGAUGAAGAGACGAAGGAAAAUCCACUCCGGGAAACAGUCGAGGGAGACGUGACAGAUGGAGAAAGCAGCCAGCAGGCUGAACCACUGGAGUCUCAGUAUCCACAUGUAAAGACGUCUCUCCAACAAGUGUUCGAGUGCGCCUACGCCCAGCUGGUCCGGCCUUGGUACGGCGUCCCCGAGCCACGCGAGCACCAGCCUCUGCACCAGGUGCUCGGCAGGGAGUUUGACUUCAUAAUCGACCGGAUCAUUGAGAGAGCCAAAGACUUUGAUGUUCGCCAGGCGGUCGUGGGCUCCGUUCGUAUUUUGACUCAGCACUUGCAUAAUGCGAAGCAAUCUGACAGAGAGCUCUUGUUCAGCUCCAGAGCAGAGGAGAUCGCAGUUCUCCGAAGGUUUUCUGAUGCUCUAGUACGUAACCUUUUCCCCGACUCUCUCAGGGGCCAAGAGGUCAACCGCUGCGUCUUAAAUGAGAUUAUUGCUUUACAGGGGCUGGGUCUGUUGGUGAGAUGGCUGUCGGACCCCGACAACCUGAACCAGCUAGUGGUGAGCCAGCUGGACAGCGUGACCCCCAAAGGCUCUGUGGAGGAGCUCUGUGGAUCAGACCCGGAUCAAACCUCUCUGGCUUCACAGGAGGGCGAGGGCAGAGAUGAGAGCUUGGAGGGAGCAGGGAUUUCAACCAGAACACGGAUCAAAACCAAAAGAAAAGCUAACAAGUUGAAAGAAGGAUGGUCUAAAUUUGUGGACAAGGUGAAGUGUAAGAAGGACAAGAAGAAGAAGAUGAAGAAGAUGGAGCAGGAGCUGAUGCUGAGGAUCUUGGCGAUCCCGGGAGACGUGUCCAACGAGGGCGAUGUCAGCAGCAGGGAGAGCUCCGUUCACAGCCUGCAGGACUCUGACAGGGAGGACAGUGAUCUGGAAGACUACUUGACAAGCGUGCAAGAGGACAUGAUGGAAUUCAAGCUUUCGUUUGAGAUGUGGCGCGUUGGCCGCUGGGCUGUCAGCAUCCCUCAUGCCGACUGGGAGGCGGAACUAAUCUUCACCAUUCACCUGGAGGAGAAGGGGAGCCCUGAGAACCUCCAGUGGGACAUCAGGAAGACCUACAUGGAUGUUAUAUACUUCCGCAACAGAUGGCAGGACUCAACCAGCCUUCCCACUAUUCUGGUGCUUGAGAAGUCCGAGGUCAACAGGGAGGUCAAAGAAGAAGCCAGAGUGUCAGUGGAGCACUUUCUGCAGGAAUUAGUUUCUGAUAAUCUCAUCGGCCUCACUCAACCGGUUUUCCAGUUCCUCUGCCCUCUUGACAAACUGCUGAAUGAAGUGGAACAUAGUGGAGGUGUGUGGGGUCUUCUGAGCGGCUUGGCUUACUUCCUGACUCCAGGUCAAGAGGAAGAGGAGAGCUCCAGCCCUCAAACAGAAGCUCCUAAAGAAAUCAUAAAACCAUCUCUACAUCUGGAAUCGACAGCUCUGCCUUUAGAAAACCCCGAUGCCUUUACUGAGGAAGGCAGUGAUGUUCACGGUGCUUCAAUCCCAACUAUUGUUAUCUCCCAACAUGGUUCUCCUUCAGAACCGCCUGAAGAAGCAGAAACUCCCUCUGCUGUUAACUCUGAUUCUUCAAAUGGAAACUGUUCCCAAGACAAAACGGAGGACUCUGAUAAUCCCUUAACCUCUCACAUUAAAAUGAUUUUCAAAGGACUGACCCGAUCAAGGUCACAAGAGUCUCUGGUCUCGACUAAGAACGCCAGUGAUGAAGACCCACCAGAUUCAGACUCUCACAACAGCCAGAAUGGGAACUUGCAGGAGAGUACAGAAGGCCUGGCGCUGCUUAAUUUCAGUGUAUGUUUCAAGAUGUCAGGUGGACACAAGACAAAAGGGAAGGACCAGGGCACUUCAUCAAGAGGGGAGGACUCCCAGUGUCAGAAGAGUCAAGUCAACUGGGAGCAGCUGGAGGCGACCAAAGCCAUUUUUGAUCUGCUGAAAGAAAUAUCUGGGAACUCCAUCCUCAUCAACAUAUUUGAUGCCAUUUUGAAACCGGUUAUGCCCAUCUUGAAAAAAAAAGUGAACUCUUUCCUCAACAAGAUGAACCCGACGGAGGUGCAGAUGGCCGCUUUCAUUGACAGCAUGCGCGACAAACAGUGGCCAGAUUUUCCACCAGCAGCUCCUCCUUCUUCUCCUCGCACUGACGAGCAGAAAAACGAGACGAGGGAAAGGGCGCACAACCUAAUCAACGCCAGAUAUUCAAACUAUCUUGUCCUGAAGAAGACAGACAUGGAGACUGUUUUUAAUCUUUUCCAGAACAGUAAAGAAAACAAAACACUGGUCUAUAUGCUCCUGUCAUUCCUAUUGAGGGAAUUUCUCCCCCAUGAGAAUUCCCUAAAUGUGACCAACUCCCCAAACUGAUCUGUGAAGCCUUGCCUGUGUUUUUAAUGGUACUUUCUCAUGUUUUUUUUAGAAUAUCAAAUUAUUUAUUAAACAUCUUAACAUGCCUUAAGAUAUGUGUGACCCUUUCUGUAUCUCUUUCAAACAUUCCUCUCUGUGAUUUUUACCUCAAAUGUACUGUGAACAUUUUGGUGAAUUUCAUUUUAUUUUGUAUUAUUGAACUUUAAGUGAUUAACCCUGACUUAAAAUGUGUAUGGGAAAUCAGAAACAUAAACAUGUGUGGGGGCCGGCUUUGUCUAUUGCAAAGAGGAGAAAACUAUAUUUGAUAUUUACAUUUUGGAUUGCACCAUUCACAUCUUGAUGUAAAAAAAACUAACAUUUACAUUUUCUAAAAUCUUUUGUCACUUUCAGCACUUUUGUAUGGUGUUUUGUUUUCUGAAUUUGUUUAACUGAAAGUUUUAUGUCGUAGAAUAUCCCACAAUUACAAUCACCUAACCUGUCAACGUGGACAGUACCAGUAUCAA